GCUUGAUCCGUGAUCAUAGCAUCACUGAACUAACACUAUGUAACGACGACAGAUAUGCUUCUCAUCACUGCGGUAUUGGUCCUCACCGAUUCUAGUCGCACUGUUGAGGUGACACUAACACCUACAGCCGCCGCUGCGAUCCGUGGAUUAGGCCACCUCCGUUGCCUCGGAUUGAUGUAUCGACUCGUUCAUCCGCAUCUAGCCCAUAGGCGGACAGUACGUCCAUAUGUGCACAACGUCUGAUUCCGCGGUCUGUGCCAACGAGGCACUGUCCUUCUCACACCGAAUCCCAACCAUCCACGACUUGGAUCGGCGGAUAGUAGCUAAGAACCGCAAUCCGGUUUCUU